AUGGCUUUGAUUGAAUUAAACCAAUAUGAAAAUUUAAUAUUUCCUAAUCUUGAUAUCUUGCAAAAAACCUUUGAAAAUAUACUUGGAUCUUUUCGACAUUUAAAACAAUUACACAUUGAAUAUUCUGGCAUUGAUGAUGAUACUAAGCGAUUAGAUGACUUAAAUCGUGAGCUCAACGACUUUGUUGGUAUAAGAGCCAAAGAAUCUUUAAAAAUGUCAAUAGAUUUGGAGCAUUUCAUAAAAUACUUUAAAAUGAUUAAGGAAGGUGAUGUCACUGUCAAUGACUUGUUGGAAACAUUAUUAUUGUUAAAAGAUAUUGCAGAAAAAAGAAUUGAUAAAUCUGAGGAAUUAAAAACUGAAUUUGGAAGUAUUAGAGAAUCCAUAUCAACUUAUAUCGCUAAAGAUUUUAAUAUUAGUCAACAACCAAAGCUCGUAAAACGAUAUCAAUUAUAUAAAUUCACAAUUCCCUUCUUAACAUAUUUUUUCUCACCUUACAUACCAUGGUAUCAAAUUUUAAAUAAUGCAUCAAAUAAUUAUUUUUACUUUAAUUUACAAUCCAUUCUAGCCUUAGCGGCUUUGGUUCCAUGUUUAUUAGAUAUAUUCAAUAGAAAGAAUGGAGUCAUUAUGAUGAAUAGUGAAGAACAAAAAAAAGUAAAGAAAUACGAGGAAAAAAUUUCAAUAAAUUUACCAGUAAUUUCAACACAUUUAGAAACAUUGACACAGUUUUGGAAACAACAAUUUAAUAUUUUUGAACCACACAUCAUUGCAUUAAAAUUGAUGGAUGGAGAUGCGAAUAUUAAGUUAUCAAAUAAUUUAGCAGCUGGGAUCAUCAAAAAGUGUACAGAAGAAAAGGUCCAUUGCAAAAAAUUUGAUCAAAUGUUAAGAGAUUGUGUUUUUAUAAAUUAUGUUCCCAUUCAUUAG